AUGAUGAUGAUACACGAGUCUUUAAAUUUACAUGCAACAGAUAAUUCAUAUACUAUUGUGCCCAAUUAUUUUGAUUCAAAAACCCUUGCUCAAGCUUUGAUUAUCAAUAGAGAAACUGGUGCACUGUCACUUAGUACAGGCGAACAUCUUAUUGUUAUUACUGGUCGUGAGCCUGUUGGUAGAUUAGGAAAACAUAAUGUUUUCCAAGCAAAUCAAUUUCGUAUUUUACCUUUUGCUAGAAACAGUCUUCACCUAUCAGAAUCUCAAGUUCAAGAUGAAAAAAUAUAUUUAUCGUUGAUUGUAAAUCAUCUUAAAUAUGGAAAAUUUUAUUUUUCAUACACAUACGAUCUAACUCACAGUAUGCAAAGACAAGCACAGCUAGGUGAUUUAGCUACAAGACCAACGUGGCAAAGGGCAGAUGAUAGGUUUUUUUGGAAUCGUUAUGUGCAGUCAAAAUUAAUUGAUUUUACAAUCAAAAAUCCUGAUCAAGACGUAAAAGACGUAGUGUUUUCUCUUAUAACUCGUCGAAGUAGAUUUCGUGCUGGAACACGAUUUUUCUCACGUGGUAUCGAUAAAGAUGGCAAUGUUUCUAAUUAUAAUGAGACUGAGCAAAUAGUUUUACUUGAUCCCAUCAAGGACGGAUAUAAUGAUACGGCCUUUGAAGGAAAAAUACAUUUAUCUUAUGUACAAACUCGUGGUUCUGUUCCAAUUUAUUGGGCUCAAAUCAAUAAUUUACACUAUACACCAAAAUUACAAGUCGCGGAUUCACCACAUAUGAAUGAAUCUGCACGUAAACAUUUUGAUGAACAGAUUAAAUUGUAUGGAGAUCAAUUUAUUAUUAAUCUUCUUAAUAAGAAAGGAUAUGAAUAUCCAGUUGGUGAAACAUAUCGAAAAGUUGUUAAUAAUUUAAAUGACCCUAAAAUAAAAUAUCAUCAUUUUGAUUUUCAUCAUGAAUGUCGAAAUAUGAGAUGGGAUAGGGUUGAAUUUUUACUUGAUAGCAUGGAAGAAGAUUUAUUACAAAAAGGAUUUUUUCAUGGAGAGGAAACUAAUUCAACUAUCUCAGUCUAUAAAACUCAAACAGCUGUUAUUCGUACUAAUUGCAUGGAUUGCCUUGAUCGUACAAAUGUUGUUCAAUCAACUUUUUCAAAGUGGGUGUUAACUCAACAAUUACGUGAGAUAGGAAUAUUGAGUAGUAAUCAACAUAUUGAUGAGUUUAACGAGUUUAUGGGUUUAUUUAGAAAUGUUUGGGCUGAUAACGCUGAUGCUGUCAGCUUACCUUAUGCUGGUACUGGUGCGCAAAAAACUGAUUAUACUAGAACUGGAAAAAGAACAAAAUUAGGUGCUGCACUAGAUUUACAAAAUGGAAUACUUAGAUAUGUGUUAAAUAAUUUUAAAGACGGAACGAAACAAGAUGCAUAUGAUUUGUUUUUGGGUAAUUAUGAGGUGAAAUUGAACGAUCAUUCACCUUUUACUAGAGAAGCGAAAUCUUUGCAAAUAAAAUAUACUCCACAAGUGCUUUUAGGUUGUUUAAUAUUCAUGUUGUAUUUAUUAGCAACUCCAAAAUCCGAAGGUAAAUAA